AUGUUUGAAAGAGACAAUUGCAAAAUGUUUUUGUGUGUAUGCCUUGUUAUUUGGAGCGGUGCCCUCGCGCCGGCUCUGGCCCAAGGCGAUCGACGUUGCGGUCACCCAGCAGUGCCUCCCAACGCGAGGGUAUCCCUGCCCACUACAGACAUCGUACCAGGCACAGUGGCCACGUACGAAUGUGACGAAGGGUAUGAACUAUUCGGAGCACAUCAAAGGGAAUGCACACUGCUAGGUGGAUGGACCGCGGAACCCCCAUUUUGCGGCACAAACGUAGCUUUUCGAAAGCCUGCAAACCAAUCGACAACCGUGAGAGGGGGUAGCGCCGGAAACGGCAAUGAUGGUGAAAAGACAACGGAGCACGACGGCAAGCAAUGCACCGAAACGCUAAGAGAAGCAUCUCCUUGGUGGCAAGUUGACCUACUUCGGCAUUACGCUGUCAAAGUGGUCAGGGUCACCACCAGAGGAUGUUGUGGUCACCAGCCGCUGCAAGACUUAGAAAUACGAGUCGGAAACAGCAGUAGCGAUCUACAAAGAAACCCUCUAUGUGCCUGGUUUCCGGGAACGAUCGAUGAAGGAGUUACAAAGACGUUUACUUGCGCUCGACCUCUGAUCGGGCAACAUGUGUUCCUGCAACUAGUCGGCGUAGAAGGCUCUCUGUCGUUGUGCGAAGUCGAGGUCUUCACUACGGAAGAAUUCUCGAACGACCGAUGUGCGCCAGUUGGAGCGUCAGCAGAUAUUGAACUGGCUGCAUUUGCUAGAAACUGCUACGAGUUCAACGUAGCGAAAGGUGCAUCUUUUGAAGACGCCAGGCGACAGUGCCAAGCGCAUGGCGGCGAUCUUAUACACGGAUUUCAGGGGGCAACAUCAAGCUACUUAAUUCAGGAAUUAGAAAGAAGAAAGACGCAGUUGAAAACUCAGCUGGUGUGGAUCGGUGCACAAAAGGAGCCCGGACUUACUUCACGAACAUGGAAAUGGGUUGACGGUGAAACCGUGUCAAAGCCGGCAUGGGGCAAGGACCAACCAAAUAAUUACAACGGAGAGCAAAACUGCGUAGUAUUGGAUGGAGGACGCGCCUGGCUCUGGAACGACGUUGGCUGUAAUCUCGACUAUUUACACUGGAUCUGCCAGUACCUACCUCCAACCUGUGGCAGUCCCGAUAAACUGUUAAACACAACCAUCGAGGGGAACAAUUACAAAGUUGGAUCUACCAUAGCUUAUAAAUGUCCAGAAGGUCACAUGUUUGUUGGAGACAAAACUAGAGAAUGCAAACGAGAUGGAUUUUGGUCCGGUACAGCGCCCAGUUGCAAAUAUGUAAACUGCGGUGGUCUGACUGCGAUUCAAGAUGGAGAUGUCACAUUAGUGGACGCAAGAGCAACUCACGGCGCAAGAGCCGUGUAUUCAUGCAAGGAGAACUACACUUUAGUAGGAGAACAGGAACGCGUUUGCGGCGACGAAGGUAUUUGGGAAGGAGAAGCUCCAAAGUGUCUGUUCGAUUGGUGUCCUGAACCACCACCGGUGGAUGGGGCUACGGUUAAUAUUGGAGGACAUAAAGCCGGUUCCCUGGCUACUUAUACAUGCCAGAAUGGUUUUAUACUCUUUGGAUCACCGAGUGUAACGUGCAAUCUUGGUGGUGUCUGGUCAGGAACACCACCUUCCUGCAAGUACGUUGAUUGUGGUACACCGGCACAGGUGCAUAAAGGAUCCUUCAGGCUUCUUAACGGCACUACAACGUAUGGAUCAAUUGCUCAGUUCAAUUGUGAACCUGAUUACUGGCUAGCAGGAGCUGAAGUACUGACCUGCAACCGUGAUGGAAAGUGGUCCAAUGACAUACCCACGUGUGAACUGAUAUCCUGCGCGGACCCAGAGGUACCAGCUGGCGGGUAUAUGGAAGCUUACGACUACAAUGUUCACUCGACGAUUGAUUUCCACUGCGAGAAGGGCCAUAAACUCGUUGGCGAGCCCAAUCUCACUUGCCAGCAAGACGGGGAAUGGUCAGGCGAAUCGCCGAAGUGUGAAUAUGUGGAUUGUGGAAAACUACCUCCAUUGCCCUACGGUACAUCAGAAUUACUGAACGGCACAACUCACUUGGGCAGCAUUAUCCAAUACGCAUGUACUACCAACUACAGGCUCGUGGGAACCGUAAGGAGAUUAUGCACAGAGGAAUAUCAGUGGAGCGAUUCAUCACCCAGAUGUGAAGAAAUCCGCUGUUCUGAACCAAUAGUAGCUGAAAACAGUAUUGUAUCAGUAACGGGAAACGAUCGCAUGCACGGUCGCACACUGAUACGAACAUCUGCAAGCACAAAUAGCGGAAAUACAUACCGCAUCGGCGCCCUUGUAAAGUAUCGAUGUGAACGAGGGUACAAGGUGAUAGGCGAGAGCCUCUCUACAUGCGAGGAUAACGGCCAAUGGAGCGGGGUUACGCCGAAGUGCCAAUACGUGGACUGUGGUAAUCCAGGGCGCUUACAGAACGGCAAGGUAACGCUUGCUACGAAUGCCACGUAUUAUGGCGCCGCGGCCCUCUAUGAGUGCGACGACCACUGGCAGCUGGACGGUGUGUCGCGGCGUCUGUGCCAGGACAAUGGCACGUGGAGCUCAGAGGCACCAGUUUGUAAAGAAAUCACUUGCACGGAUCCAUCUAUACAAAUUAAGGGCAGUCUUGGAUUGCUUGUCGCAACAUCGACUCUCGGUAUUGGUGGCGAAGCUCAUUACCGCUGCGACCGCGGUUAUAGCCUGAAGGGAAACCAGACCAGAACGUGUAUGCCUAGAGGCUUGUGGGCCGGGACUCCACCAGUGUGUAUACCUAUUGACUGCAAAUCUCCAGGAACAAUCGAGAAUGGUCGGAUAAUCAUAUCGAACACAUCAACUCUGUUUGGAAGUUCAAUAGAGUAUCAUUGCUUGCCGCUAUACCAGCGCGUUGGACCCUUCCUGCGCAAAUGCUUAGACGACGGGAAGUGGUCAGGGGAAGAACCGAGAUGUGAACUAGUUUCCAAUGAGGCGGCAGAAAGUGGUGCUCUACCACUCAGUGUUGGCGUUGGAUGCGGCGUUGUUCUAUUCCUUUUAAUGCUGUUAGGAGUCAUUUAUUUGAGACUGCGAAAAGCAACACCGGUUAAAAAUACGGAGAACAUUGAGGGAGCGGAACGAAAGGAAGACCAAAACGCGGCUGUGAUGAGCUACGCAACGCUUCAUGAUACAAACGGCAGGCAUAUUUAUGAUCACGUCAGUGACAAUCUCUACGACUCACCGUACAGCGAGAGUUUAGCUGAAAAUGCAGCGUACGGAAGAAGGAGUGAUACAGAUUCCGCUUACGAACCUGAGCCGACAGGCCCUAGCGCUGUGGUGACCAUAAACGGGGUAGCAGUACGUUGAUAAAUAAACUUAAAUGUUAAGAGUUAGCUAUUGCCUCGUUAUGAUUAGAGCUGUUAAUAAACUAUUAUGUGAUGAUGAUGAAGACGAUAACGGAUUGAUUAAUCAGUGAUAUUAAACUGACCGUACAAGUAGUAUAUUUCGACACUUUAAAUCAGAAAAUCAAUGUUAGGGUUGUAUAUAUCAAGGCCAUAGCAAGGAAUACACACGCUAUGCGCAAAAUUUCCAGUCGCCCAAACCUACAGACUGCAACUUCUUGAUGUUGUAGUCAGUAGGUUUGUGCGACUUGCUGUGUUGGAUAGUGUUGUCAAAAUCGUGCGUUUUAGCGAUUCUACUUAGAGAUGGCGGAUUUAACGUCUGGAGAUUCCAAGGCCUUACAAGAUUGCUGCAACUGUAAUCCGAAUGUUGCGAUUAUCGUUACAUAGAGCUUCUGAAAUAAAUCGCCGAUCGCCGAUACUGAAAGUAUCUUUUGUGCUUUUUACACCUUAUGACCCUUAUACAACGAGCGCAUAUAUAUUAUUUAUGCAUCACAAUAGUUUAGAUCGCAUCUAGUGAAAAUAGUUUCGCUCAAUCAAAUUUAAAUGUGUCGCUCAAUGUCUUGCCAUUAAUUGGCUUCAUGAGCUAUCACUGCCAAGAUGUUUUUUUAAUUUUUAUCUUUGAAUGGUUACCAAUGUUAAAUCAAUACAAUAUGUUGGCCAAGCGCGCUUCAGAUG